ACAGACAUCACAUGAAAUUAUCGAAGAUUCUUCAUACAUUUCAUCGCCCAAAAAAAUUUAAAAUUCUGUUUGUAGAGGAGAAAUGCUGCUUCUUGUUUUCCUUGCUUUCAUUAAACCAUCAAAGCCGUUUAAUGUAUUAUGCCACCCAUUACCAAAGAAAAACUCCUUAUUCUUCCUAAAUCCAUCGGUAAGACACUACCUUCAUAUUCUUUGAGGCAUAUUUGGAAAUUUUUUGCCUUAUAUUCUUAAUGGAUUGUGUCUGCGUUACCCUAUGCUUAUUUGAGCUUAUUGCCAUGGAAUUUUUUUUUGUCUAUGACAACUUUAGAGUAUGCUGAGGGUUUAUAUCAAUCCAUUACAAUUUUUAUCAUUGUGUUUUUUCCAAAUACAGUAUAACCUCUUUAAAUUAAUACUCUAUAAAUUAAUAUACACUAAAAUUUUCUAUAAAAUAAUAUAAUUUUAUAGUCUCAAAUCGAGUUUUUGGUUCAAUUAGUAUAUCGAUAAAUUAAUAUCUCUAUAAACUAAUAAAAAAAUUAUUGUUUUGGUUUAGUCCCAACAUUAUUAAUUUAUAGAGGUUUCAAUGUAUACCAUAGGAUCCAUGCAAAUUGAGCAUCUUAUACACACAGUGAAAUCCUCCAAUACUAAUAACCCAUAUUCGCAAAAAAAGGAUUGCAUAAAGAAGCUACAUGGGUGUGUGGAAACUUUUAGUAUAGCCCAAUCUGAAUACCUGGAGUACAUCAAAUAGUAAUGAUUAAUCGACUCCUCCACUGCACAAAACCUUUCACACUGUAUAUCACAUUUUAUCCCCGACUCCUUAAAUUCACUCUUACUGAUAAGCAUUCUGACAUAACCUGCUAAAAAAUGUUUUAACUUUGGUGGUUAUUUUAUUUUCCAUGAGUGUGGCCGUAAAACCGUAGUAUCAGGAACGCCAGAUACUGGUGGCUGUCUCAUUUAAUCCGGGUAUAGGUACUCUGCUUAGUAGCCCGACUUUGCUGUAUAUUUACCCGACUGAGUAAAGUGCCACAAUAAUAUACAUUAUAAAUAUCAAUCAAUUAUUUGUUAUGGAUUGGAUCGUAAUCAGAUUUUUUUUAAAAAAUAGUCUCUUAUAUAUUGUUGGGAAAAUUGUUUUUUUAGGCCAAAAAAAUGAUAACUAUGUCCUAUUAAGCUAAUUUCUUUUUUUGUACCACUUUUUCUUCUAAUACCCUUUAGUAUUUUCAAAAAUAAAUCAAAUAAAUAGUUUUGCAAACAAAAAAAUUCAAAAAAUAGUAACUACUGAUGAAAUACCUAUAUCCAAUUAUUGGUAUUUUUUUCUAAUUCUAAAAAUGUUUAAAUCGUAAUUUCAUAUUUUGUUCUACAAAAAAUAGAAUUGACAUUUUACACAGUAGAAAAUGUAAUCCACUUUUUUCAUUGAAUCUAAUAUGUUUAGAAUACAUGAUCUACGUAGAUAAUAGUAAUCUAAAAAUAUUUGGAAAACACAUUCCGCACUUAACCUAUCGUUCUAAAAUUUGUAGAAUCUGGAAUCUACACAUUACUAUAAAUCUAAAACCUGUAAAAAUCGAAAUCUACACAUUACUAUAAAUCUAAAACUAGUGAAAAUCGAUUUCAAACAUGUUUAUUGUGUUCUACAUAUAGUAGAAUACAGAUUCUACUGAUAAGGAUAAAUAGUUCCAAAAAUAUGGGAAUAAAAUAUUUGGAAAUAUUAAAUUUCCUUGUAUUUAUUAAAUUGUUUUAAAAAAAUCGUGAUUUAUAAAAUCAAUUUUUAAAUUAAAAAAAUUAAAACAUCGAUUUCGAAACGUUCGAUCUGAACCAGUCGAUCCUGAUCUGAACCGGCAAAAGACUGUUAUACCUUUUUUCUUUCUAUAUAUAAUAAAUCAUUAUUUAAAUAAAAAUAUAAUUUUUUUUUUAUGUUUUCGAAUUAUAAUUUCUUAAAUUCAAACUUUUUUAUAAAUUUGUUUUUCAAAUUUUUUUUUCAAAAUGUUUUAUAUUUUUUAAGUAUUUAUUUAUAUAUUUAUUAGAAUCCUAAAUUCCACAUUCCAAAAACCCUACUCCACCCUCAACUAUAAACUCUAAGUCUUGAUUAAUUAAUCCUAUAGGUAUAAGUGUCUUUUACCAUUCAUUAAAAGUGUGGGUAAAAGUGGUUAGUGUAAACAUGAAAAGUGAUAUUAUGAAAGUGGUAUUUGCGGUAAUUUUCCUUUAUUGGAGGGAUUUUUAAUAUUUUUUUAAAUUAUUUUAUUUAAAAAUUAUAUUUAAAUUUUUAAAUUUUUUUUUAUUAAUUGUAAUUUCGAAUUUUUAAUUGAAAUAAAGGACAAUAUUGUCAUUUUGAAGAUAUUUAGACUAAUAUGACAUAAAGUAUAUGAGAAUAGUCCAAUAGGACAUAGUUAUCAUUUUUUUGGCCUAAAAAAACAAUUUUCCCUAUAUUGUUUUGUUGAGCAUUAUUAAGCAAUGAGCAAUCUUAGUUAGAGCAGGAUGUAGAUCUCUGGUCUUAAGGUUUCCGUCUUUCGAGGCCGGAUCAGGGGCGGACGGACAUUGACGUCUAUUGGUCACGUGUCCCCAUAGUGAAUAAGUAAGAAAAUUCAAAAUUGCCUCCGAUUAAACACAUUUUGGUUGUUUUUAGUAGUGUGCCCCCCAAUUAAAAUUCUUUCUGGAUCGAUCCACCACUACUCCGAUCAAAAUGUCAUCUGGUUCCAGUUAAAAAUGAAAACUUUUCGAUAAAAGGAAUUCUAUCAUAUUCCAGAUAUGGUCGAAUUCACCUUAAAUCUUAUCAGUGACCUCUUAUAUAAUAUACCAUUGAAAAUAAUUAGAUACAUAUAUCAUUCACUAAAUGUAUUUGAUCAUUUUGUUAUAACAUAUAUCUUAUCUAAUAAAAGGUGUAGCUUUCUAUGCUAGAAAAUAUUAAAUAAAAAAUUAUUUCUAAGAACAUUAUAAUAAUGUGAUUGUUAUUGAAAACACAUUUGAUGAUCAUAAAUAAUAUGGUAAAUCAUAAUAUAUUAUUCCAAAAAUUUAAAAGUAUCUGAAUCAUCCAAUAUUCUUUUUAAUUAUUUCAACAUUUGUAUGAUGUUUUCUGAAAAUACAGUUUUUUUCAAUCCAAAAUAGUAUAUUAACUUAGUCAUAUUUAGUCUAAUUAUAAAAAUAUAAGACUAUGUAUAUACAAUAUUAGGCUUACAAUAAAACAUAAUAAAAAAAUAUUAUUGUAAACAAACAUUGCGGGUGAAUUCCUAGCUUACAAAGAGUAGAGUAAUGAUUUAGUUUGAGUUAUUAGCAAGGUUGCACGGAAACUUCGUACAGUCCGUUUCCUGUUUUGGAAUUUUUUCGGAAUCAGAAUCUCUUAGAAACUUGUUGAAAUUCAUUGGAAACUCAUGUUUGGUUGGACUGCAAAAGAAUGACUAUUUUUUGGACAAAUCAAAAGAAUGAUUAUUUAUCAUUUGAUGAUUAAUAAUUACCUGUUUAAUUUUUCAUUUGUGUAUACUUACCAUGGAGAGUAACUAGUUGUUGAAUUUUAUUUAAUUUUAUUUUUUGAUUUUUAUUGUCAUAUCCGUAAAAUGACUUGACCUGAAAUGAAGCCGGCUUCAUUAUUUUAUUGAAGGAUAACAUGUUUUGGUUUUCUAAUUUUUUUAAUAUUUUUUUAAGUAAAAUGUACUAAGCAAAAACAACGUCUCUAUUACUUAGUUUUCUAUUUUAGCUAAAGCAAACAAAAAAACUUAACUUACAUGUUUAUUAAUCAUAUAUAUAUAUAUAUAUUAGAUGUUUCUAAGACGUUUCCAUUUUUAUUUUAUUUUUAGAAAUCACAUUUUCACGUUUCAAAACUUUUUCGUUUUUCGUUUUCGCGUAUCCGUUUCUGAUUCCAUACAACCUAGAUUAUUAGUAUGUUUAAUGGACCAAUUUUGGUUCCCGUACCUUACAUAUGUUUGAAUUAAUUAAUCUGUCAAUUUUAAGUUUUUAAGUGAGCAAUAAAUAUAAAGUACUAUAAUUAGUGAUCUUAACUAGACAGAGUUAAUUUCUGGUUCUCGGUAUGUGCCAAAUGUGCAGUCUCUUAAGUCCACAUAUGAUUUUUGCACAUUUUAAUUAGAUCUAAGGUCAGUUUUUAAAUUAAAAAACUAAAAUAUUUUUGCAAAUUAUUAUUAUACUUUCAAAAUUAGAACAUAUUACAAAGUCCAUUUAGAUUCAUGAGCCGUGGACGAAAAAUCUGGUAUCAUAGUUUUAAGAGCUUAAACUUAAAACAUUCAUAAUUUGGACUUUUUCUUUGUCUCUCCCUUUCUGCCGCCGAAAAUAUGAUGCCGAAAAUAUGCAAACUUUUUUCUCUUCUAUCCAAUACAAUUAAUUGAAAUUCUUCAGAGUCUCCUAUAUAAAUAUGUCAAUACCAACACUUUAUUUGACAAAAUCACCCUUAACUGAAAAAGAAUAACAAUCUAAAACAAUGAAAAUUUCAUUUUCUUUAUCCAAACAUUUUCUUUUCCCUAUUUUGGUUAUGCCAUUCCUCAUGAUACAUAGUGUUUCAUCAUUGAACCUUACCAAUGAGUAUCUGAAUCACAAAUGCCUCCUUGAUCAGGGGAAAUAUAACUCCGGAAGUGAGUACGAGGAUAACCUCAACCGUCUCUUUCGUAAAGUUAGUAGUGAUGCUUAUGCUGUGAUCGGUUUCACACACACAAGUAUUGGAACAUCGACUCCCAAUUUUCUUACCAUCACUCUCCAGUGUCGUGGUGACUCUAUUGGGUCUAAAUGCCAUACAUGCGCUGACACUGCAAUCUUGGAGUUUCAUAAGAGAUGUCCGAAGAACAAAGGAGGAAUAAUAUGGUACGACCAAUGUUUUCUCUACGUUACUACAAUCAAAGAAGAAGUUCCAAUCAAAACUAAUUACGAGGAUAUUUUUUCUAUGUACAACUCAAAUAACGUGAGAGGGGAUGGACAUUUUUUUGCCAAGAGGGUGAUGGAUUUUUUAUCUGAGCUCACACUUAAAGUUGAGAAAACAAUCAAGGGCGUUCACAUCAUACUAUACGCGGAAGGGGAAAAGAAGCUUGGAAAAAAUAAAUUGUAUGCAAUGGUGCAGUGUAUACAACUAACAUUAGAUUGUAAGAGUUGUUUGGAAUGGAGUAUCAAAAAGCUCUUCAAAAACAGUGACAUUAAACAAGGAGCAAGAGUUUUGGGUACCAAUUGUGGUGUAAGAUAUGAGCUAUACCCUUUUCUUAGGAGUUAAGCAGUUUCACUGGUGUGAAUACAUCCUUUUCAUAAUUUCUAAUUAUCAGUAUUGUUUACUAUUUUGUUUAGCUGAAAUGCUAUAUUCAUAUAUCAAUAAAAAUAGUGUUUACAAAAACA